CUCUAGUAGUGGCAGCAAGUGUGUUCAGUCUCUCCUCGUAGCUUCAGUUUCUGCUCUGUAUAAACUAGCCAUUUAUCAUCAAUCAUGGCCGCCGGAGUACAAAUCUAACGCCCGUCUUUCCUCCCUGCCGUCGUGAGGGGAGGAUUUUUGUUUGAGGAAACAAAAUAUUAAUCCCAGACUGAUUUGGAUUUCCUCUUGGAAUUACAAUACAUCUCACAGGGGAAAUACCAUUCAUGUCAAUACUCCAAAAUGCAGCCGCCGCCGAGGAAGGUCAAGGUGACACAGGAGCUGAAAAACACACACACGGAGCAGAUGACAAGACUGCACUUUAAACACCAGUCUGAAUGUGACCUGCUGGAAGACAUGAGGAGCUACAGUCUGAAGAAGGGACAGCUGGAGAGAGACUAUGCGCAGGCUCUGCAGAAGUUAGCAAGUCAGUACCUGAAGAGAGACUGGCCUGGAAUCAACCCUGAUGACCAGAGAACAGACUACAGAAAUGUGUACGCAGUGUGGAGGUCCUACUUAGAAGGUACAGUGCAGGUGAGCCAGUCGAGGCUCAACGUGUGUGACAACUACAAGAGUCAAGUAUCAGAUCCCUCUAAGACUGUUAGACUCUACAAGGAACAGCAACUCAAAAAGACCAUAGAUCAAUUGAGUGGCAUUCAGGCAGAGCUGCAGGAGUCGGUAAAGGAGUUAGCCAAAGCCAAGAAAAAGUAUUACGACUGUGAGCAGGUUGCCCACGCUGUACGAGAGAAGUCUGACAUAGAGGCCAAGUCUAAGCUGGGUCUUUUUCAGUCGAGAAUUAGUUUACAGAAAGCAAGCGUAAAGUUGAAAGCUAAGAGAAGUGACUGUAACUCCAAGGCGACACAGGCCAGGAAUGACUACUUGCUAACGCUAGCUGCUGCCAAUGCUCACCAUGACCGCUACUACCAUACGGAUCUACUGCACUGCAUACAGGCCUUGGAUGGCAGGAUUUAUGAGCACGUGAAGGACUACCUGGUAGCGCUGUGUCGUACUGAGCUCGAGGCCUCUCAAGCUACACACAACACCUUUCAGUUUCUGCUGGACAAAUCCACCAGGAUAAUACAAGAGUUCAACCAGCAGUUGUUCAUGCAGGAGAAUCCAGUGUUUCACAAAGCACAUGACUUCCAGUUCCAGCCCAGCGAAUGUGACAUGAGUCGUCAGCUGGAGUCGGAGACAGGGACAACGGAGGAGCACAGUCUGAACAAGGAGGCCAGGAAAUGGGCAACCAGAGUGGCCAGGGAACACAAAAAUAUCAUUCACUACAAGAGAUCUUUGGAGGAGUGUGAGAGCCAUGGCUUGCCUGCCACAGAGCAAGGGAGACUAGAUCUGGAGCUGAAGAUUGAAGACACCAAAGAAAACAUUCGCAAAGCUGAGACAAUAAAGUUGAAAGCUGAGGCUCGGUUGGACCUUCUACGGCAAGUGGGGGUUGCUGUGGAUACCUGGCUGAAGAGUGCCAUGAACCAGGUGAUGGAGGAGCUGGAGAAUGAACGUUGGGCCAGCUACACUUCCCAUGAUCCCUCACUGUCGGGCACAGUGGACUUGGAGCGUGAGGAGGGUGAGGAGUGCGAAGAGAAUAUGGAGGUUUUUGACGACAGCAGCUCCAGUCCUUCAGGAACCCUUCGAAACUACCCACUUACCUGCAAAGUCCUGUACUCAUACAAGGCCUCUCAGCCGGACGAGUUAACUAUUGAUGAACAGGAGAUGUUGGAGGUCAUUGAGGAUGGAGACAUGGAAGACUGGGUCAAGGCUCGCAAUAAGAUAGGUCAUGUUGGCUAUGUCCCAGAGAAAUACCUGCAGUUCCCAACCUCCAACAGUCUGCUGAGCAUGCUCCAGUCUCUGGCUACGCUCGACGCUCGGUCACACACCUCAUCCAAUUCAACCGAGCCAGAGCUGCACUCUGGCUGCAUCAAUGGAGACACAAACACAGCGGUGUAUGUCCGCGCACUUUAUGAUUACGAGGGCCAGGCAGAUGAGGAGCUCUCCUUUUCUGAGGGAGCUGUGAUCCGCCUGUUGAGCCGCGACACUCAGACAGACGACGGCUUCUGGGAGGGGGAGCUCAACGGUCGGGUGGGCGUUUUCCCCUCCGUGCUGGUAGAGGAUUUCACUGAAAAUGGCGAGACCAGCGGAGGAGGGGCGGGUGACUUACAGAUCUCUCCGUCUCUGAAGUUACCAUCUUCUCUGCCCCCUCUUCCACUGUACGACCAACCUCCCAUCAGCCCUUUCACCAGCCCCGAGACCUCCACCCCACCUCCUCUCCCGCGCUCACCCUCCGCCGCGCUUAACGGGGAGCACAAGCAUCCACUGCCUGCCUCGUCACACAAGGGAUCACUGUCCACUCACAAUCAGAGCUCUGGCAGGAGUCCGGUGUCUCCAGGAUUUCCUCAGACUCAGCUACCACGAUUCACCCCUGAAGGAGGCCCAGGGAAACUUCGACCUGUUAGUGUCAAAGUCAUUUUAAGAAGUGUGUUUUGUGUGUGCGAGCUGCUCCUCCUCCACCUAAACAGCACCCCCGGAGACAGCAGGAGAAGAGCGACAAGACGGAGGAGGUGGAGAUCACACUGGUGUGACAGGCGGUUAUAGACACAAAAAAAUAAAACUGAUGACAGACAGACUUAUCCUACAGGCUGAGGGACUGAGCAGCUCUGAACUGAAGUGAGCUUAAAUAAAAUGAUGUGAAGUAAACCGAACUGAACCACCAUGUCGACCCAUCUGGCUGCCCCGCAUCUUCUGUCCUCCUCGAGUGAAGGAGGAGAGUAAAAAGAGAUAAAGGCAGAGUAUCCAAUUAGAUAACCUCUAUUAGCUUCAUAAUGAAGAGCAGCAGUAGCUGCCCCCGCAUCCCUUUCUGCCCUCUCCCGUCCUUCCAUGCUUGCCUUAAAACUUCACCUCAUCAGGCAGCAAACCAGAGCACAGUAAAGGAAGCAGGAAGAGGAGGAAGAAUGUUUUGAGAGGGGGGGAGUGGGAGAAGUUAAUGAUGGGUUUGGCAAGUUUUCUUUUAGCUUGUUAAGCUUGCUUCAGUAUAUUGUAAGGCAGUUUAUGUCUCUGCACAGGCAUACCAUUCUGCUACGUUUGAGAAAUUUCUCUUUUUCAGGCACUUGCUAACAAAAAAUCAUGAAGCAUGAGAAAAGUUUUGGAGUCCUGAAACUGACAAAAUAUAGUAAAGGGUUAUCAGACAAAUCAGAAAUGUAACUGAAUACGAGAACAAUACUGUUAGUUAAGUAGCAAAUAUAAGUAUAAAUAAAUGUAAAGCGUCCUACUUUUUAUUUAUCCUUCAAUGAAUAAGAAAGAAAGAUUUUUUCCCCCUUUCCUACCAGUUAGUAGAUACAAUAAAUUGAGACGUACUAUUUUACUCAUACGUCAUCUUUUAUUAGCUUGUUUUCUCUUUUUAAAGAUAUUUAUGUUUUGUUUUGGUCUUGGCACACAUUUAAUCAUUUAUCUAUUAAGUCCACGAAACAUUUCUUUUUCCUCACCACGUUUCCAAUUGUGCUCAUGAAUAUAACAUGUAAGAAUUAGGAAAACUGACGAUAUUUGGAGUGAUGGAGAUGACUGUGUGGUAAACACUGGCACUGCAUCUAAACACACUGAGCACCUGCCUUUUCUGCUAGCUACCAAGCUGAAGCUAACUGUUGUCAUAAAACUACACCAGCCCGUUAUGCAUGUAAUGUUAACCAUGCACAUGGUCACUGUAAAAGCCCUUGUAUCUGUAGCUAAAGCAUUGUAGUCAGUAAGCUAAUUCUAACAAAGCUAACAAGAACUUAGAACUUUUGAGUUCAGUUUGAGUUUUUGAGAAAAAAGGAACAUUUAAUUAAACACAUCUACGAAAUGUUGAGGUUGACACAAUAGAGUCUGAGACUUAUUUCUAUUGUGGUCUUCAUUAAAGAGGUCUGUGAACUUCCAAGUAGCAUUGUAGCAUAGCAAGGUAGCUUGCCGUCUAAAAUGCUUUAGCUACAGCAGCAUGCAGUGCGAUAUAUAGAUGGUUAACAUGAGGUGUGCCAGCUAGCUACCUAGCUGAAAAGGCUGGUGUUCAGUUUGUUUAGCUUGCCAGUGUUUUCAGUUAAGCUAGCUAGCCACACAGACCUGUGUGGUAAGGAAAGUGGACCACGGUGGAAAUAAGCCUUGUGUGUGUUUUAAUGCAAUUUUCUUAUAAUAUGAAAAAAAAAUUGAACUCAAAACUUCUGUAGCUUCUGCAGUUAGCUUCAAAUGUUGGUGAACAUUAGCUGAAAAGAUAGAUGCACAUAUUUGCCAGUGUUUUCAGUUUAGUUGUCUCCAUUGCUCCGCAGAUAUAAGCAAAUUUCCAAAUGGUUACAUGUGCACGGUUAAACAAGGGAAUACAUAAAUGAUUAAAUGUGUGCCAACACCAAAUAAACAUGAAAAUGAGUUUGAAAAUAAAACGAGGCAGCAAAAGAUGAAUAGAAAAGUAAAAGAAAUAAAGUUUCACUUUAUUUUACCCACAAAGGAAGUUUCAAAUAUGUUAUAUUUUCAACAUUUUAUACUUUUUACCAAAUUUUGUGUUUGAGUGUCGGGGCUCCAUAAAAAGUUAAGCUCGAUGAAAGAGAAUGAGUAAAAACUUGCCAAAUUUGUCAUAUUUUGGAGUGCAGUGUGGGUUGAAGUAAAUGGACAGAGAAACUGGGUGGUGUGUGUGGACACAGCGUCCCCCUCCCCAGCCCUUCCCUUGCCAUAUAUAAUAGUCCUUAUCAUACGUAUUCAAUGUGUAUUAGUACAGUACAUUACUGUUGUCAUAGGUAUGUUAUGCACAGCGUUUCAUAUAGACUAACUCAGCUGAAUGGACGACCAUGUCUGAUAUGUAGUACAAAGUUUUAUCCUCAUCUUACACUGAAAGGGCAUUGUAAAUAUAGUAUGAAGAAGAGAUGAAAGGAGAGAGGGGAGGAGAGGCUGAAAGAAAAAGAGAGAAAAAGGAGGCUGGAUCCUCCCUUCUGCUCUUAUCUCCAUCUCUCUUCCCAUCCUUCCUUUAUUUCUCUCCCUCUUUUCUCUAAAGUCUGUUCUGUCCAUUGGCAGUGUGAAUCAGUAGCUAUCAUAUACACACAUAUAGUUACAUAAUAUUACACACACGUUGCUAUAUCUUCUCUCAUUCUGUGACCCGCUCUGUGUUUGUAUCACUGAUUGGUUCGGGAGGAGGACGGUGGUGCUUUCAAAGGCACUGAAAUUGUUGGUAUUCACUAUGUGGCGACAAAGAAAAGUUUUAUUUGAGAUGAUAUAGACACUGAAAAAUAUUUGGAGUCAGGAGAUUUUAUUAAUCGCGGAAUGAACUGUAUGACUUUUAUCCCUAGAGAUCAUAUUUCCUCUCACGUUGACUUUAUUCACCUAUAACAUACUGUAUAUCUUUGUUUAGCGGACAUGCAUUACAUUCGAAGGUAUUUAUUUUCCCCUGUUGUCUUGCUAAGCAUCUCCAUCACAUCACUAUGGGAGUCUGGCUUUUUUAAUGCAGAAGAGAAAACAUCCAUUAAAAAAAUGUACCUUUAAUGUUUCCAAUUUGACAUCAUCCAUAUCUUUUCCUGGUGUCUUACAUUUCAACUUUUAUUAACCACGGUAGAAACAAAAAAACAAGAGAUGUAUACAAAAAUACAUCAUGCUGAAUGGGUACAAUUCUGUUUGUUUUUUUACACAAAAGUAAAUAAAUCUUCCCCCUUAUAUACCCUUCAAGCCUUUAAAACUCCUUGCCUAAAGGGCAGUGUAGCACUUUUAUUUAUUUGUACCUUCCCUGAAAAGUAGCAGUACCUUCAUGUAGCAGCAGGACAUGUAGAAAUGACUCUGAUGAAUCACUGCAGUUACAAAUACAGAAGUCAGAGUCAUCCAUUUCAUUCUAAUGCUGUGGUGGAUCAGUGUGACUGAUACUAUUUUUAAUUCUCCACUCUUCGAAAGAGAUGGAGAGACAAUUGUGGUCAAUGUAAUUUGGUGUUUCCUUAACUUAUAAACAACAAACAAAGACAAAAUACAAUAAGGGAUGUUUUGAAUGGGAACAUGGAGAAAAUGUGUGGGUUUUUUUUUUUUUUGGUUUUGUUUUUAGUUGUUUUGGGUUUUUUUUGUCUUGAGAAAGGCAAAGCUGUUUGCGAGUGUGAUUGUUUAUCGGAGAGAAGAGAAAUAUUGAUCGGGUCUGUGUUCGACUCUGAAGAUGUGCCCCAGUUCCUUCCUACAUAUUUAUUUUAACCAGGGUUUGAUUUCGUUGAGCGUUCACACUGAAUACAUUACAAAAUAAAUUAUACUCAGAGAUGUCAGUGCUGAUACUAAAUCUUCCUGGUUCUGGAGUGUGGUGUUGAUGAGCACUGCUGUCUCACAAUGCACACACAUAAGUGCUCAUCACGGCUGGAAACGCUGUUCAGUGGCUGGACAGCUUCAGAAACACGCUGGAAAACAAAAAAUUGUGUAUUCAAUCUGUGUUGCUUUCGCUUUGUUAAUGCUAUUUAUCAGUCCUCCUCCAAAGUCGCAGUAUCACAAUUCCUUUCCUGUUAGUGCACACCUGUAAAGUAUAUUAAUUUCUCGUAUAUGAACUGCAAAAACAGAAUGGAAUAUGAAGAUUGAUAUAAAGUCAAUAUUAUAUAUUAUGAAUAUGAAGUAUAGAGUUGGGACACAGCUUGAGGCAUGGGCUCAUUUUGAUCAGUUUCUAAAGUGGAGGUGAAUUACAGUAUGUCAGAGAAAAGUGAUGCGAGGAAUGGUUUAAAUACUAAAAACAUCCUUUUUUUUUUUUGCAUCAGCUUUUAGAAACAUAAAAUUUUGUGUAGCAUCCACACCUAACAAAGUUAAGUUUCAGAUCCAAACCUCUGCUCUUCUGCUGUUGUAGGAACUAGCAUUGACUUGUAACAGUGUGGUCAAGGCGACUUGAACAACAGCCUCUCCUUGAUCUCUCUGAGAUCUUAUUUAUACUGGUUUUCAAACUUGUUUUGAAGUUUAUGGUUUACAGCAGCAUCCCACAGAACUUCCCACUAUAAAUGCUCAAUCAGUCAAUCUAUCAAAUAUAAAAUUUAUGACUUUUUGUUGCCAGUUGACACUUUGAACAUGAUUAUUUUCCCUUUUUAACAGUCCCUUUGGUCUGCUAUAGUGUUGAAUUAUUUGGUAUGAGCCUGUUUUUGGUUUUUUUUAUGUAUUAUAUAAUUCUAUAUUUUUCAUCCUUGGUUUGGAGCAGCUACACCGCUGCUGUUAUUAACAAUGUGGUGGAACAAAUGGCCUUCUCUCUCUUCACAGACUGUUGCCAUGGUGACAGUAAUGAGAAUAGGUGCAAAAGUCUUUCUGCAUAUUAUUAUUGG